AUGGAUGGAAAGAAAUUGGAGUACAAAGGUGGGGUUGCACUGAAGGAAAUUGAAAAGCUUACUGAGAAGGCUGAUGAAGUUCAGGAAGCUAUACUGAAAGAGAUCAUAAUGCAAAAUGGGGAAACUGAGUAUUUGAGCAAGUAUAUGAAGGGAUCAAAGGAUGUAGAAGAGUUUAAGUUCCAUGUCCCUGUCAUUAAUUACAAGGAUGUCUGUCCUUAUAUCCAAAGGAUUGCUGAUGGAGAAGAUUCUUCUCUUAUUACCGGUCAUCUUGUAACUGAGAUGCUAUGCAGUUCAGGGACUUCUGCAGGAGAGCCUAAGUUAAUGCCAUCAAUAGCAGAAGAUCUGGAUCGCCGAACCUUUGUAUAUAACCUCAUCAUGCCGAUAAUGAACCAGUACAUCCCUGGUCUUGAUGAGGGCAAAGCAAUGUUCCUGUACUUUAUCAAGGCGGAAAUGUCCACUCCCUGUGGCUUACCGGCUCGAACUGUGCUAACCAGUUACUACAAAAGCAAACACUUUAAGUGCCGAACCCGCGAUGCAUUUAAUGAUUUCACUAGCCCAGACCAAGCCAUCCUGUGCAAGGAUAGCAACCAGAGCAUGUAUUGCCAGUUGUUGUCUGGUCUAGUUCACCGUCAUCAAGUCCUAAGGCUUGGGGCUGUAUUUGCAUCAGCUUUUCUGCGAGCCAUCUCAUUUCUUGAACGCAACUGGGGCCGCUUAUGCAAUGAUAUACGCAGGGGUGACUUAGAUCCUACCAUCACAGAUCCUGAAUGUCGUUCAUGCAUGUCGAUGGUACUAACAUCACCUAAUCCUUGUCUUGCGGAUGAGAUUGAGGAGAUUUGUGCCAAUCCAUCAUGGAAGGGAAUUUUAUGUCACCUUUGGCCUAGAGCUACGUACAUUGAGGCAGUGGUGACUGGGUCUAUGGCACAAUAUAUACCAGCGCUCGAGUAUUAUAGCGAAGGGAAGUUGCCUUUGGUGUGUACAAUGUAUGCUUCCUCUGAGUGUUACUUCGGUGUCAAUUUGAAACCUUUAUGUGAUCCUGCAGAGGUGGCAUUUACCCUCUUGCCUAACAUGUGUUAUUUUGAGUUCAUACAUUUGGGAGAUAAUGGGACAUGGUUGGUGGACAUUGAUGAGGAAGAACGAGUGCCCAAUGAUAAGCUUGUCAAGUUGGUGAAUGUUAGACUCGGCUCCUACUAUGAGUUGGUUGUGACUACCUUUGCUG